AUGGGAGGUUACUCCCUAGAAUUCCCUGCAGGUCUCAUAGAUGAUAACGAAAGCCCAGAAGCAUCUGCUCUUCAAGAGCUGGAGGAAGAAACUGGCUAUACAGGUGAUGUUGCUGAAUGUUUGCCAGCUGUCUGUAUGGAUCCAAGUGUGUCAAACUGUAGCACACACAUCGUGGCAGUAACUAUUAAUGGAGAUGAGGCUGAAAAUGUAAGACCUAAACCAAAGCCAGGAGACGGAGAAUUUGCGGAAGUAAUUUCCUUACCAAAGAAUGACCUGAUGAAGAGACUUGAAGCUCUGGUAACUGAAGAACACCUGGCAGUGGAUUCUAGGGUAUAUUCAUAUGCUCUGGCACUGAAGCAUGCAAAAACACAAAGCCAUUUGAAGUGCCCUUCCUGAAAUUUUAAGGCCAGAGGAGCAUAGCCAUGUUCUUGUAAAUGAGGCCACAAGGCUUCCUUCACUAAGACUUUGUAUUCACCUAAAUUUAAU